AUGAAGGGCUUCAGCGCAGGUAUCCCCAUUGCCAUCCUCGCCGCCUUGGGGCAGGCGCAGGCGCAGGCGCAAGUUCACUCCGGUUCAGCUUUCGAACACCACAUUGAAGCCGGUCUUGAAGAUGUUUUUGACCGUCCCCCUCACCCGCACGGUGGCCCUCAUGGCGGCCCUCAUGGCGGGCCCCACGGCGGCCCCGGUCCCGCGAGCCACCCUCCCAUGGCUCACGCUGCGCGUGCUUUCCGUCCUGGUGAGGAUGCGCCCAGCAUUGAGAGCGACCCAUUCUUCAGCGGGGGUUCGAAUGAGAAGCCUGCAGACCACGGCCCUUCUGCUGUCCCGACUUGCUCGACCCGGACUGAGCACGUCGUGCACACCAUCACCAAGACUGUGACUCCCGAGCACGAGCACAAGCACACUCCUACGUCGCACCCCAUCGGCCUUGACCCGGCCGCUCACGCGCCGCAGUCGUCGUCUUCCCACGCUCCGGCUACCACGCCGGCUGUGGCCCACAUCGCACAAGCCUCUUCUACGGCCCACGCUGCCCACACGUCCUCUACGGUGCACGUCGCCAACGCGCCUCACACGUCCUCUGCGGCUCACAUUGCCAACGCGCCUUACACAUCCUCUGCGGCUCACAUUGCCAACGUGCCUCACACAUCGUCUGCGGCUCACAUUUCCAAUGCGCCUCACACCUCGUCCGCUCACUCAGCCCUCAUCCCGGCGUCUACCCAGGCCCCGACUAGCACCUCUGCCGCCCACGUGCCUGUGACCACCUCGACUUCGACCGUCCACGGACCCAUGACCUACAACGUCAUCCCCGUCCACGUUCCUUCGUCGCACAGCUCCAUCAAGCUGCACGCCUCCUCGUCCUCGUCUGCCUACCCCAGCGGUGCUGACGGUACUCGCUUCCACGGCACCUACGGCACUCCUGGCGCUGGUGUUUCGUUCACUGGUGCUGGUGCUCAGCUCGCUCCCAACACUGGCAUUGUUACUGUUGUCUGCGGAUUGCUUGUUGUGUUGGCUUACGCUCUUUAA